GUCGAAGAAGAGCCAGUGUCACUCACUCGACUGCCUCAGAUGCGCCCAUCCUUUUCUACGACCAUUUUGUACUAUUAGUCCUCCUUCUUAUUCCCUGUCUUCCUGCUCGGCCCUUUCUCUACCCACCCAAACUUGCUUACUGCCCAAGACUUGCGAUCUGUCGCAGGCGAAUUUCGACAUUGUCUUGAAGACAUAUUCCAUCGACUGAUCAAUCGCAGGCAGAGUGCGCGAGCCCACUUUUCCAACUGGUCAUCACAGGUGCCACCACAUUUCACAGCCUAGCCAAAGGUCUCACACCCCACGUCGCCCCUUGACACCGCUACGACUUGAGCCGCAUAGCCAUGGAUCGCCGGGAGAUUCAGUCCAAAGGAGCAGCACUACAGAAAGCCAUACAAGCGAAAGAACCCGUCGAUAGCCUGUUGACGAUUCUGAGAGAUCUUAAAGCCAACGUCAAGCCGACGGAAGAAUUGCUUCGAGCGACCCAGAUUGGAAAGAUCGUGAACAAGGUCAAAGGCUACCCAGGGCUGGAUCCUCAAGUCACACAGCUCGCUUCAGAGAUUAUCAGUCGAUGGAGACACAUCGUCAACGAACAGAAAUUGACUAGCGGGAGCUCGACGCCUAACGGUGCAAGAUCGAACGGUACUAGCUCGCCAGCACCGAAAGCUGCAACCCCUCAACCCAAAGCAGUCAGCCCAACAGGUGUGGCGCCUGACAAGAGAAGUUGGAAAGUGGACAAGGUGCCUCGCGAUGACUUGACCAACGACACGGCGCGCAACAAUUGCAUCGGAUUGAUCUACGAUGGCCUCUGCAUCGGGUCUGAACUUCCCAUGAAACAAAUCCUCGCGCUUGCCAAAGAGAUCGAAAGUGCAGCGCUUCAGUUACCUGCCGCGAAGGGCUCCUCCAAUUCGCCAAUCUACAAGGACAAGAUCCGAUCGCUCUAUCAAAACCUAAAGAACAAAUCGAAUCCUGGGCUCCGAAAACGCAUUUUGGUCGGAGAAGUCACUCCAGUCCGAUUUGUCAGUAUGUCGCAUGAAGAGAUGAAGUCGAAACAGCAGCGAGAGGAGGACCAAAAGAUUGCCAAGGAGAACAUGAACAACGCGAUGGUGGCACAGGAAGAGAAGAGUGUCAGCACAAGUUUGGAGUGCGGAAAGUGUCAUCAGAAAAAGGUCAGCUAUUCGCAGGCGCAGACACGAAGUGCUGAUGAACCGAUGACGACGUUUUGUGAGUGUCUGAACUGCGGGAAUCGGUGGAAGUUUUCCUAGCGUCAACAAGGGCAGGUCAAUCGGCAGGUCAAUCGGCAGGUCAAACGACAUGAUCAUGUGCCAGGUCUUUCUUUUCAGUCUAGUGAGGCACUCUGCGGCGAUAUUCUUUAUCGUUACGAGAUAUUCGAGCUGUAGGGGAAAGGAAAUGAUCAAGCAGACGAGGGCAAAACAUUGGCAGGCCGUCUGCGGAUCCAGGUCAGAGGGUUGGUUGGACCGAGCAGAAAAACCAAAAUGUGUUGAAAAUGACAUAUCUCAUAGACCAUGAUUUAUUUAGUCACCAAGUAUGAGGAAUGAGAUCCCAGAUGAGAGACAGGUGUAUGGAUGAAGAUGAAUACGAAAAUAAACGAUGAGCAAUGGGAGAUGGGAGAUGGGGAUGAUAGGCGGGUUCUCCGUAGAUCAUCGACGACUG